CGCGCCCAUCAUUUUCACUUGCUCCGGAGCAUUCUCGACGGACUGGUUGGAUCGGCCACCAAGUUGCAGGUCAACCAUACACACAAUAUGUCAGGCCAAGGCGAGACCUUCUAUCUCCGCUACUACUCAGGUCACUCUGGGCGGUUUGGACAUGAGUUUCUAGAAUUUGAUUUCCGCACCCUUGGCGAUGGCCGCAGUGCCGCCGUUCGAUAUGCCAACAACUCCAAUUACCGCAAUGACUCCCUCAUCCGCAAAGAAAUGUGUGUCAGUGCGGCAAUGAUCCAGGAGGUCAAGCGCAUCAUCAAGGAGAGUGAGAUCAUGAAGGAGGACGACUCCAAAUGGCCUCAGAAGAACAAGGAUGGACGUCAGGAACUGGAAAUUAGGUUGGGUAAUGAACAUAUCUCCUUCGAGACCGCGAAAAUCGGCUCCUUGGUGGACGUGACCGAGUCUGCCGAUCCUGAAGGUCUCCGUGUCUUCUACUAUCUGGUGCAAGACUUGAAGGCUCUCAUCUUCUCUCUUAUCUCGCUUCACUUCAAGAUCAAGCCUAUUUGAAUUCACACGCGAUGAUUGAACGAAGAAGGACACAAAUUGGCAUAGGCGUUACUUGAUAUUUGGCUUAAGACACCCAAAAUGAUAGCGGAUAUACCUGAUUU